UGUUGCUUCACUGGGUUAGGUGGAACUUUUCCAGAGAAACAUUAACUAACAUUUGACGCUUUGAAAGUUUUCGCUGGACAGGCAACACGCGCGUCCUGCUGACUUUUCAGUCCCGACUGAAACGAGUUGGGUUGUCACAGAAAUGUCUCUAGCAGUGCAAAGCCAGCAGUGGUUUCCCACCAGCGUCCAGGUAACGGUGCUCCAGGCGAGGGGUUUGCGGAGCAAAGGGAAGAAUGGUACCAACGACGCGUACGCCAUCAUGCAGGUGGCCAAGGAUAAGUUCUCCACCUCGGUGCAGGAGAAGAGCGUCGCCCCGGUGUGGAAAGAGGAGGCCGCGUUCGACCUGCCGCUGUUUCACCCCAGUAACGCGGAGCGCUGCACCCUACAGGUGUGUGUGAUGCACCGGGCUCUGAUGGGACCCGAUAAAAUGCUCGGACAGGCGACCAUCAACCUCCUGGAACUCCAAGACAAUAAAUCCCGUGAUAAAACUGAAUGGUUCAAAUUGAUGGGCAAGACGGGGAAGGCUGAUAAAGAGAGGGGUGAGGUGCUCCUAGACAUUCAGUUCAUGAAGAACAACAUGACGGCCAGCAUGUAUGACCUCUCUGGGCCGGACAAGUCACGCUCACGGCUUGGCAAGAUCAAGGAUAAGCUGAAAGGGAAAAAGAAAGAUGGCAUGUCGGAUUCUGCUUCAGCCAUUGUGCCUUCAGUCGGCCGGGUACUGACUGACAGUGAGGGAGAAGAAGAACCUGGUGCCACAUCUGGAGCCAAAAAGAAGAAUAAACUCAAGUCCCUAUUCGCACCCAAGCCUGGUUUGCACCGUAACCUUUCCCAGUCCAUGUCCACACUUGGCACGCUGCCUGAAAAAGACUCGGCCAUCAGUCUGAGCAGAUCGUCUGGCCUGAAUAUAGAGUCUCCUGAAGGCAAAAAGAAGUUCAACUUUCUGAAGCACAAGCGAACAGGAAGCUCUGACAGCAAGGUUUCCCAGGGUACUGGGUCUCUUGGACUGGGCAUAGCACAGAGCAACACGUGCAUCAAUGGCAAUCACGUCUACACAGAAAAUCCAGAGACCAGAGGAUCCAGGGCUGGUUCCACCUUCAGCCUGAACAGCUCAGGCCACGGAUCCAUGGAGGACCUGCGCAGAGGUCAUGACAGGAAAACCUCCAGCACCUCAAUGGACUCCUCGGACCAACCUCAAGAGAAUGCAGUGGAAGAGAUGCACAGAAGACAGGUGGAGGAAAGAAGACCGGCUAAAGAGGAAGAGAGGAAACCGGAAGAGGAGAGGAAAAGUAUUGAGAGAGAGGAGGAAAGAAAGAGGAUAGAGAUAGAAAAGGAAAGGAAAUUGAUGGAAAGGGAGGAAGAGAAGAGGAAGCUAGAGAAACAGAAAGAAGAUAAACGGAGGAGAAUUGAGGAAGAGGAGAGAAUGAGACUUGAGAAUGAGAAGUUGCAGAAAGAAAAAGAGACAAGAAAGUUGGAGAUGGACAGAAGACGUGCUGAAGAAGAGGAGAGACUACAGAAGGAAAAAGAAAAGAUGGAAGCAGAGAAGAACAAAAAAAGAAAAGAGGAAGAAGAGAAAAGACUGUCAGAGGAGAGGAAAAGUAAAGAGCAAGAAAGGGUGCGACAGGAAAAAGAAAAGUUGGAGCUUGCGAACAAGAGAAUAGAGGAGCAGGUGAGAAGAAAGGCUGAGGAAGAGGAGGAGAAGAAGAAGCUGAAAGAGAAAGAAGACCAGGAGAGAAUCAGGCUAGAGAAAGAAGAAAUGGAAAGACAGAAGAAAGAGAAAGAACAGCAGCCCAAGGUCAAACCCAGGAGUGCUCGACUGAAUAUGAGUAAAAAAGCAUCAGACCAGAUCCUGUUCACCAGUCCCUUUGAAGACCCCCUCUCAUUCGACGAGAGCUCCACCAAUCCCUUCGAACAGCCCACCGUUUCUCAACCUGAAGUCCUAAGUCAGUCCACCAAAGUCUCUGCAGUCAAGCCAAGGCCCCAUGCAGUGAAACCCCUGAACACCACGGACAAGCAGCCAGACCUCAGAGAGACCCAAGACGCUUCCAGAUCUGCUAAAAUUACAGAUGACAUGCAAGUUAAGAUAAAGGCCCCAGAGGCUAAGGGGAUGGGACUGUUCUCCCAGCUAACCCAUGAGGAAAUCAUCAACUUGUUGGAAAAGCAGAAGCAGCAGCUUUCUCAGAAGGAUGCUAAGAUUGGGGAACUGGAGCAGUAUAUAGAUAAUCUUCUGGUCCGUGUCAUGGAGGUGAACCCCAACAUCUUAAUGUCCUUGAGCAUGAUGAAGAAGUCCGUUUGAGCACUUUUGUAGCAGAAUUUUGUAUUUAAUGUGCACUGUUAUCACAAAUAUGGGGUGAAUAUCAGUACACGGUUGUGGGUAAGUCACAGAGCUUUUCACUAAAUCCAGUAAGCUGUAACUGUAGACACCAGUGAGCCGAAGAUCAGGGUUUAGACAUGACAUCUUGGGCUGAAUGGUGACAAAAUGAAUGUUUGUUAUUUGACUUACUUCAGAUCCACCUAACCAUGUGACUGGUUUAUUCUUGGACAUGUUAAAAUAAAUCAUAUGUUAAGUAUUUUCUCCAAGUAUUUUUCCUCCAUUUGAAUUGCUAAUAUUCUUUGAUUAGUAUCAUUUAAAUAUCAUCUUUCAAAGCAUUCAAUGGAUGUAACCUAUAUGUUUAAUAAGUAGUAGCACGAAAUAGUGCUACAUAUAUUCUUGAAAAAUGUUUUAUAUAAAUAAAUUAAAAAGCUGUAUGAUAUUUUGUAGACGGAUAUUUGUAUUGAUGCGGCGUUUUCCUUUCAGUGAAGCACUUUAAAAGAAUCAGUUCAUCUGUAAAUAAUGAACAUGUGAUCAUUUGUACUUUAUGCCUUUUGUCAUGUAUGCUGACAGCUUUAUUAUUCUCUGCUUUUGAAAUAAAGAAUGUCACAGGCGUGGCUUUGUAAAGGGCUGCAUCACA